AUGCCGGCACUGUCGUCUCUCAGCCUUACACCCCGAAAACAGCCGCGCCAGGCGCGCUCAUUGGCGACGGUGAGCGCUAUAUUCGAGGCAACCAUUCAGGUUUUGGUCAGCGAUGGCCCGCGUCGAUUGACGACGACCCGCGUGGCAGAGCGCGCUGGCGUGUCGGUCGGCAGCAUGUACCAAUAUUUUCCGCACAAACAGGCGCUGUUCUACGCCUUGAACGAACGCUACCUGGUGCACCUGGCAGAGCGAAUUGAAGCGACCUGCUUGGCACAGCAUGGCGCAGUCCUUUCCGACAUGGUCGAGGCGCUCGUCAAGACCUAUUGGGUUGCCAAGACCGAGCGGCCGGAAGUGACACGCGCGCUGUACCAGUCCGUUGCAGAGCUCGAUAACGAACCUCUGAUCGCUGCCUUUGCCAAGCGUGUAGAUUCUGCUACUGAGAACAUGCUCCUCAGUUCUUCGGAUGGGUCAUUUACGGACUUGGCUACCGUGACGCUCACGCUUCUCAGCACCGUAUUUGGCACCGUGCGCAGCAUCUUCGAACGUGACCUUCCUGCCGACAAAGGCGACGCCGUAUGCGAGCAACUGAUCGUGGUGUGCGUCUCCUACCUCAAAGUGGCAAAGUCGCAA